GAGUCUCUUGUGGGAAUAGAUUGUGAUCACCAAUGAAGACAUUUCAAGAAGUGCCACAAGCGAUCGACAUUGGCGUAGAUGAUCGGGUCGCGCCCGGCGUACGUGAACAACCCCAUAUUCUCGUUGUCGGGAUAGGCGGUGUUGUUGAGCAUGCCCACCCAUUCGUAAGCAGUAUUGUGAAGGAUACAAUACACGUGUUUACAAAUAUUAUUGCAUCAAAGGGUAGAAUUUAUACUAGACAUGUGGAAACCUCAGAUAUUAUUCACCAAUACUUACAGAAGAAUAUUGAAACGAGAAUCAGAGAAAAACACUCGAUCACUUUGAGUAAUUCGUAUACACUCACACGUUAUAAUGGAUUCUUAAAGCAGCUAAUGUAGUAGAAGAUAGCACUCUAUAUUCCUUCAUCCGCAGAGUCUGCACCAACAUCUCAUCUCUACUUUGUCCUCGCAACGUGAAAAUUGCGAGUCAAACAUUAGCAUCGAGUCUCUCUCCCGCGUAAUAUUAUCGGAUUCACCGUUUCCAGGCCCAUACAAAAUCACAGGAGGGCUGUGUGAUUGGUUCUGGUGACCACAUAGUCUAUAAUCAGUGUAAGUUCUCUGUCUCUGUCCAUUGCAUUUUCCGAGACAAUCUACAAUGAGCAUGAUUGGAAGACCA